AUGUUGUACUUGCAUCUCUGGACUGAGAAAAUUAGGGAUGCCCACAGUGAUGACAUGUCAGUUCUUCAAGCCAUUUCAAUUGUGCUGGAUGCCCAUCCACACUUGAGACAAAAAGGGCUAGCUCAUGAAGUACUUCAGUGGUUCUUGUGUAGAUUAGAAGCUUUGUUUGCUGCUGAUGCAUAUAUGAUAUCCUUGAAAACUUGGGAUCAGGAGCAAGUUAUUUCUAGUGGUCAUGGACUAAUGACGCAAGGUUACUACCCUUUAAUAGAUACGCUUUCCAAGGACAUUGACCUACGGUUGAAUCAAAGGGGAUUUUGA